CAACAGACAUGAAACCACCAUCAUCGUUCUUUGGUUGGAAACAAGUUGGAAAAGAACGAAAAUUACAAUAAGAUUUCAUAAAAUUUUGCGCUCCGGAUAUCCUUUCAUAAUUUUUUUAUUUUGCUAGAUAAUUGUUACAAAUAAUUUCACUAUUGAGUGUGACCCGUUUUACUUUCAUAAAGUGUAGAACCUACAGAAUAAUUAUAACGCCAUUUUACCUUUGCAAUUGUGUGUGUAUCUUAUAACCUUUAUGGUUUACGUUCUUGAUGUAUAAUAUCCAUCUAUAUUUAUAGUGAAAUCAUUAGUAGUGGUCCUUGCCAAAUUUGUAUCAGUCAAAAAUGCGUUUUGAUGGAUAACUGGGACAUGUAAUUUGAUAGAAAUUACAAAAACUUUUAUAUAGGGUUGAAUGUUAUGGCCCAACAACAGUAUUUUGAGGUUUUGAAACAAGAUGAUAAAAACACUGGACAGCAACAGUUUUAUGCCAAUGUUGAAGACCAAACUGUACAAUACGUGAUUACACCUAAUAAGACACAAGUUCAGUAUCCAACAACUCCUAUCGUAGUGGCAACAGGAGAUCAGUUGAUGGUUGUAAACGCACCACCACAACAGAUUGUUAUAGACCCGUCGUCGAUUACUUAUCAGGAGCCAGAAGUGCAGCAGCAAUUACAGCAACCCAGACAACAAAUGAGACCAACUUUGAGAGUUCCAAACCAGAGUCAGUCUGUCAGACAGUUGACCCCAGGCAUAGUACAGCAAAGGCCAUUACAACUGCCUCCUUUACAAUCGAUUCCCAGUCAACCACAAGCUAAUCCACCCAAUCAACUCCAGAGAACAACUGGACCUAUACAGUUGCAUUUGAAACAGCCUGUUUCGAUACCGAGAUCAAUGGGCAACUCCCUACAACUGAAUUCCCCAAAACCUCUGGGUACACAACAGUUGCGACAAACAAAUCCCAGUAAGCUAGCGAGAGCAGCUUCAUCUGGACAGCAGAUCAGGGUGUCUACUUCUGCGGCUCAGCAAAGGCCUAAUCUUCAACUUAGAAGUGCUCCCAUGCACAAUACGAGGUUUCAACUGCAGCAAACUCAACAGUUGCAAGUCUCUAGCAGUCAAGAAGGGGACAUUGAAUCUCCAGAUUCGAAAUCCUCAGACGACCACGAAGCUGUCGCAUUACCAGACGGAACUGUUGUUUCAGUAUCUACUUACAAGAAGAUGUUGGGAGAGCAGAAAGCUAGGAAUAUUCCCCAAAAGAAUCUUUUGAACCAAGCAACACAGCAGAACGAACAAACUACUCAGAGUCCACAAGUCACUUCAGCAACUAACCCACCAACUCCUAGAAAGAGAAACACCACUCCACGUAAUCCUAGACAACCACCUCGGGGAGGUGCACGCAGUACCGGCAAGGGUCGUAAUCAGACUCCGAAAGCUUCUCCACAGACUUUGCAAGGCAAGGAGACGCCACAAUUUUCUGCAGUCAAUCAACAACAAAAUAAAUCUCACCUGUACCAGAACACUUUGUCAAAUAUGCCACAGAAUCAGAUGGCUUCACAACAGGAGCAGCUUCAACAGCAGGUGCAGCAAGUUCAACAGCAACAGCAGGUUCAACAGCAACAGCAGGUUCAACAGCAACAGCAGGUUCAACAGCAACACCAGGUUCAACAGCAACAGCAAAUUCAGCAGCAACUCCAGCAACAGCAGCAAAUGCAACAGCAGCAGUUGCAACAGCAGAUUCAGCAGCAAAUGCAACAUAUUCAGCAGCAGCAGCAGCAAUUGCAGCAGUUUGCUAGACCUUCUCAAGCUAAUUACGUAAUUCAGCCUCCCAGACCUAACCAAAAGCCCCAGAGUCAGAGGCCUCUUCCCGCUUAUAUCCCUUCCAGUCAAAUUCAGAAAAUAAUAGAGAGUACACCUAUCGGUGAGGAAUUCUCCGACUCGAUAAGGAUGUUAGUUCUUUUGGAAAAUGGAGAACAGAGACUAAUAACCUUUACCUUGCCUAAAGAAGCUUGUACCAUACAGGAAAUCCUGGAACAGGUCAAUGUACCUUUUCAAAGUAACACAAACAUUCAAGUCACUGAGGCCAAUUCUAAUGGAAUCAAUUAUAUCGUUACUGUUGGUAAUGUUCCACCACUUGGAUAUGAGGAAGACGAAUCUCAUUCACAAACUCAAGAGGAUACCCAGUUAACCUCAGCAGUUCAGAUGACAGUUCAACAUGCAUCACAACAGUUGCAGCAACAGCACCUGCCACAACAUCAACAACCUCAACUCCAACCACAACAAGUGCAACAACAACAGGUUGCAACUAGUUGUCCAGUAGUCAUCCAACAACCUGCUGAAACUUCAAAGCCUCCUUCACCAGAACCUGUUAAGGAAGCUCCCAAACUGGUUCCUGGGAUGUUGGCUCUGUGUGGCGCUUGUGGUUACCUGUCAGAAGACUUUGCCAGGUGUAUAAGGUGUCAAAGAAAACUUCCAGAUAAUGUUAAGUCUAUACAAUCACCUGCAGGGGGAGCCAAUGGUCGAAAAAAGAAUUUGCAGGUCGGUCAGUUUCAACAAUUGCAUGUGAUGCAAAAUCAACAAUCUCAGCCGCAACUGCUUCAACCGUCACUGCUACAACAGCCAGUGCUGCAGCAGCAGUCACAACCUCAACAGUCACAGCAACAAAUUAAGAACACUCCUGUACCAACCAAUCCAGCGAAACCUGUGUCCCCAACAAAAAAGAAAACCACAAAAAAUAAGUCUACAGAGCAAGAAAGUGUUGUCAUAAGCUCUGAUGAAGAGGAAGAUGAAAAACCUUCAGGAUUGAGUGAAAAUAUUUUGCAGAAAUUGGGAAAUUCUGUAACUAUUAGUCCCAUCACCAAAGAGCCAUCUUCAAUCGAUAUAAAGAGACAUUUACCCUCGAAAGUUGCUGCUUCAACAAAUAAUGUGGAACAGGAAAAGUCAGACGUACAUAAAACCAAGCUCAAAUGUCGCACAGUUAGGAUUGGAUCUUAUCGAUGUGUUCCUACCGAAGAGGUUAUCAUCGACUCUCUUCAAGUUGUGAUUAAAGUACCUCACCCUAAAGAAAAAAUCAUCAAGACGAUAAAGUUCGAUAGGAGCGAAAUUGUUAAAAUUUUGGCCAGCUUCAACAGCUCCCUACCAGUUUUCUUUUACUAUCUCGAUUUGAAUGCUGCUGAAAAAAUCCGAGAGGUUCUUGGUAUGACAGCAGAAAGUGAUUAUUACUUUGAUCCUCUGUCUAUUGAGGACGAGGCGCAACGGCGGGUCACCCUAUUACCUGACGAUAUCGAAGAAAAUGACAGGAACAUCUUCCAACUGAUUUAUCCGAGUUCUGCGAAUAUUUUGGAAGAGUUGAACGUGAAAGAAGCCAAUGAUAUCUUGAUCAAAACUUGUCCGAAGGAACUUGCCAAAAAUGCUAUUGGAUAUGGGAAUUUUACAGAAAUUCAGAAAUUGGUCACGUAUCCACCAGAAGGCAGGGGAAGGAUUUCCAUCAAUACAGAAGAUUACUUGUGUUUGGGACAGGAUCAAUUCUUGAACGAUGUUAUCAUUGACUUCUAUCUGAAGUAUUUAGUAGACCAUCUGCCAAAUGAUCAGAAACGUAAAAUUCAUAUUUUUUCAACCUUCUUCUACAAAAGGUUGACAACAAAACCAGUAAAAGCUUCCAGAAAAUCUCAACCUACCGAACUGGAUCCGACUCUUACUUCUGCUCAGAAGCGACACGCUAGGGUGAAGACUUGGACAAAAACUGUCAAUCUGUUUGAGAAAGACUUUGUGGUUGUCCCCAUCAAUGAAAACGCCCACUGGUUCUUGGCAAUUAUAUGUUUCCCUGGUUUGGAAGGUUGCCAGACUUGGGACGGAAAACCAUAUAAACUUGAAGUGAAAUCAAGAGCUCCAAAAAAAGUUGCAAUUGGAACAAUAGGAAAUGUCUCUGUCACCGCAGUGAAGCAGGAAAAGGUCGCUAAACCAAUAGUGUGUGAAGAUCCUGACAUGAGCGACAAAGAUGAGGCUGAAGGAGACGACAGCGAGAUGGAGUCGGAUGAUUCAGAAGAACUUCCAAGCACGCAAAUUAGCCAGAACUUAUCUGCCAGUAUACCUGCUUUGUCAGUUGCCGCGAUUCCUAAAGCAUCCAAAGAACCGAGGCCCCCAAUACAGCAACCGUGCAUUUUAAUAUUUGACUCGUUAGCUGGAGCUAGCAGGAGUCGAGUUGUUGCCACUCUCAGAGACUAUUUGACUUGUGAGUACAAGGCGAAACUUGGAAAGGAUAAGAUUUUCGACAAAAACGUCAUCAAAGGAGCCAACCCAAAAGUUCCCCAACAGAAUAAUUUUACUGACUGUGGACUGUAUGUGCUACAAUAUGUUGAACAAUUUUUCAAGGAUCCUAUCAAGGAUUAUCAUAUCCCAAUUAAAGAAAUUAAGAAUUGGUUUGAGGAGAUUACUGUUACCAAGAAGCGGGAGGACAUAGCGAUUUUAAUCCAGAGUCUUAUGAAAGAGAAUGGAAAAGAUAUCAGAAUGCUACCAGAAAUAGCAUUUCCUACAAUUAACGGUAAACUUGUUGAACGUGAGCCGGAUGAUGAAGAAGACGAAGAAAUGGUAGAAAGCGAAAAUACAUUCGAGGAAGACGAAGACAUGAAAGAGGAGUCUUUUGCAUCACAUGACAGUACCAAAUCAGAUUUGUUGUUGGAGGCCUUUCCCCCAGCAGCGGACAAUUCAUCUUUGCCCCUCAAACCUUCCAACGAAAGCAUUCCCAAUGAUUUCAAGGCACAGACUGUACUGAAUCCAAAACCCGACCUGAGCGAGUUUCCUAGGCAAACUAACAAAGAUACACUGUCAAUCCUCAAAGCCAAGAGGAUUAAUAGGCAUAAAAACAUGGAUGGCCCUGAAAUGAAGAAACAUAAAAGUGAUCACCAGUGACUUUGACUUAUUCAGUUUUUUUUUUGUUGUAUCGUUUAUCGCUUCUGUUUUCGAUUAAGUAAACUAAUAAUGGAGUAUAAGAUAUGAUAAUUGAAAGGUUCAUUUUAAUUUGGGCGGUUGAGAAUGGAAAGGAGAAAGAUUUGUUGAUUAGUGGAAGAUACAGUAUAUUUUACUUUCAUAUUGGAUAUUCGUAUCAAUUAAUGUGAUCCAUAUUAUAUUAAUGAAAUUAAAGCUUCGUAAUAUUAGACGUUAUCGAUUUUUAUUGUAAGAUGUACUGUACAUAUUUUGCCGUUUAUCGUGUCUCCAGAAAAUUAUGGAACAUCAUGGUCAGAAAUAAAUUUUUAAUGU